AGGCUGGAGUAACAGUGGAAAAAGAGGGGAGGCAGACGACGACAACAGAAUGACAGAGAGAAAGAUAGAGAGAACGAGCGCGCACCAAAUACAAAAAAAGAAAGAAAGAAAAACAUCAAAUUCAUGCAUUACACACGAAGUACACGUACAGAAUCAGUCCAACCAGAGUGGCCAAAAGAAGAGAAGAGAAAAGAAGAGGGAAAAAAAACACACAGAUAGAUAUUUAUAUACACAUGAAAGAAAGAAGUAACAGAGAUCCACGACAAAACUUUUCCAACAGCACUUUCGAACACAACAUACAAACAUGAAACAGUUUAUAUUUUAGUUUUAUUUAAACAAGUUGUGUGCAAAAAAUGAACGAGAAAAAUGUUUUUUCCACUGGUUUCCGCACAAUUUUCGUUCUGAUAAUCAAAUGUUAUUGAAACGAAUGAAUAAAAAAUUUGAAGCGAGAACAAACAGCAGCAGCAAUAAUACGAAUUUAAUCAUUUUUUUCCCUUGUGUCUAUGUUGUGUUUUGCAUUUCGUACACACCGAAGUUAAGAGAACCAGAGAUCAAUCAGAUGGGAUAUCUCGAAUAUAUACACUGAAAAUCGAAUUUGCAUGAAAUUUUGGAGACAGUUUCCAAGUGCUGUGUUCGAUAAAGUGUUAAAAUGAGGGUCUAGGCACCCACCAACAAUAAUUAUAAGAAAAAAAAAACAAACAUAAAUAAAAACAACCAAUUAGAAAAUUAAUCAAAUUUUUUUUAUACCUUAAAAAUUAAUAUAUAAAAAAAUUGUGUUCGUUUGCCGUGAGUUCAAUAAUUAGCAUAUAGUUCUAGUUAGAUCCCAUGUGUGUUCCUUUAAUCAAAAUACGUGUUUAUCGUCAUAUUCCAAUUGAAAAUCGAAGCAAAAAAAAUUGAUGGAUUUGUUUGGGAAAAAAUUGACUACCCAACCGAAAUAACAUAAGAAGAAAAGAAACACGACCGUUUUCCAUUGAACCCAAUUACUGCUUACUGUGCAUUCAUCAAGUGCUGUCACUGUCGAUUUUUUUUUCGGUUCGGUUCGUUCGUUUUUCUUUCUUUUUUCGGUGGAAAUGAAGCAAUCAUAAACGCACAUGAAUGCAUUGACUUGAACUGUACUGGCCUCGAUUGCUGCAGACUUAUCGUCAAAUAUAGUAUAUUACCAGUUAUCAGCGCCUAGAAACGGACAACUGUUCUUCUAUCUUCCUUUUUGUGGAGCCCAACCAACACACUGAAAUUAUGUAAUUUACAUAUUUUUUUUCCAUAUUUGUAUUUGUUUAUUUACUUUUAAGAAGAAAGACACACAAAAAAAACAUGCACAGCAAGUGCGAGAGAAAGAAGAAGAAGAAGAAGGAGAAGAAAAACGGCAGAAGAUUAUGAACGAGAACAUCGAUACAUGCGUGCACAUACAGCCAAGCACAGCCAACGAUGGCAGAAGAGGAGAAAAAAAAUUAUAUAUCGAGAUGAAACAAAUGGAGAAUGAACUGCGAAUGAUGUGAAAGGUACGAGGUAUAAGGGCGCAAGAAAACUGAAUGGAUUUUCCUCGCCAACUUGGUGUUGUACAUCAAUUGACACAGCGAAAGCAGUCACUUCAAUUGGAAAACUGCAUUAGAGCAGCAAGGGAAUAGCGAGGGAGGCAAAGGGAGAGAGAGAGAGAGAGAGAAACAUAAAGAUGGCAGCAUCCGUUUACGGUAGCCCAGCCCAUCAUAACCGUAUCGUACACAAUUCCAAUGGACUAUCCAAUCCACAUAAUCAAAUCAUGUCGGACGGUGGUUUAUCACAUGCACAUUCGCCAUUCUAUCAUGAUCCUACACCCUAUUUGCCACACCAAAAUUUUACCUCACUCAAACACUCGACGGCUUUAUCAUCAAUAUUUGUAUCACAGUCGGCGCAGCAUCAUCAGCAGCAACAGCAACAACACCAAAUACCACCACAAUUGCCGAAGAAAACCAAGAAAAACUAUCGAACAAUUGGCGGUGGCACCGCUGUACAUUCGGCACUGAUCAAUGAUCCAAACUAUGUACGAAAUACGAAGCGCAAAUCGGCUGUUGAACUGUUGGCCGAAAGUAAACCGUACUAUGUAAAAUCGGAGAAUGUGCUGGACAAAAAACAACAGCUUAUGUAUCAAAGUAUGCGUACACCGCCUGCAACAAAAUCAAAUACCACCAAUUUUACGUCAAAUGCUUGUUUGAUAUCGCCAUCGCACACAUUCCCACAUCAACGUGUUCACACGCUGAACAAUCGGCGAUCGGUGUCGGCCAACUCGGAAUUGCUCCAAAUAAAGCUACGGCGACUCAUCAAUGACUCAUCUUCACCAAAGGACAGCGUAUUUGAUCCCUAUGUACUCGCUGCUCAGCAAAAGAAUCGACGGCCCAGUUUUGAUUUGGAGCACACCAAAUUUGAGCCACCGCAACAAUUCUCAUCACCAAAACGCUUCAAUCAAGAGCUGACCAUACAUCCGAUAAGUGAUUUGAAUAACGACAACGAUGUGAUGUUUCCAAGCGCAUUCCUUUCACCGCAAUCCUUACCAUCAACCAAUACCACAUUUGAUGACAUUUACUGUGAUUAUAAGAGUUCUUCGAUAUUGAGUGACUAUCAACCGAUAAGUCCGCCAGCCGAAUAUGCACAAUAUGCCGAAUUCAAUGACUCACCAAUGCACCAAAGCUCUCACCGAAGAGAUAAUCGUUCCAUAAAUUAUCAACGAUCCUAUUCCCAUUCGCAAGCAGCGGAUGUAGAAGAACCAGAUUAUGCAUCACCAACCCAUAAUAAUCACAAAUCCCUGCCCGAUCUGCACACACAUACGCAAACUAAUCGAAAUUCACCUUAUAGCGAGUACUCAGAAGGUCGUGGAAAUCGUUCGAAUAAAUCAAACAGCUCAUUGAACCGAGACUCUGGCGGAUCAUCGGGACACUAUACACAUCGGAGCGAGCCUUUUUAUAAGCAAGAAAAUCCACAUAAAAUGCCGCCACAAUCAAAACAACAACUGCAACAGCAGCAGCAGCAGCAGCAGCUGCUGCAGCAACAAAAAUCAUAUUCUAAUUUUCCACAAAAAUACUAUGGACCAGAUAAUCGACGCGAUAGUGGAUCGUCAACGCAACAUAGCGGAAAUUCAUACUAUGUAUACAGCGGAGGAGGUGGUGGAGUAGGAGGAGUUGGUGUUGCCACUAGUCGAUUGAAUUGCAUCGAAUGUGAUAAUCAAAGCCCAACCGAUGCCAAUUGCUUACUUAACUUUACAACAUCUGUUGUGCCGGAGGCAUUCCAGGAUCAUUUUAGCGAUAAUGAUACAGAUGACAAAUCAAAAGUACAUAGAAAUUAUGUUGACCAUGAGCCCAUUUUACGGGCAAGUAGAGUGUCAACAUUUUACAAUAAUAACACCGGCGGCUAUGAUCCCAAUUUACAUGGGUCAACAGUAACGGCGGCAGCAUUGAUUAGCAAUGACUUGCGAUCACCGAUUGAAGGUGAAAUUAGUCCACCAUUGGGAACAUUUAAACGGCAAAAGUGUUUGCGUCUCAAGCAGCAUCCAUCACGGCAUCCAUCGCCCAGUGAUCGUUUUUCGGGUAAUAUGACAAUGGAUGAUCGUAAGCCAAUAUUGCGUUCGAAAAGUGACAUCAGCCAUCGGUAUUUCAGUCGAAAUGUACACAAAGGUGAUCCAAUGUAUUUGACCGAAAAUGGUACAAUUAACGAACAUCAACGUGCCAAAUCGGAGAAUUUCACCGAACUGGAACGUUUCUUUGAUCGACUUGGUUUGGCCGAUUCAUCCGAUUCGAAUCGAUCAAGCCCGGUAUUCUUUUCCGAUGUUGCAACUGUUGAUUCCGAUCAAUUACCUGAUAGUACCGAAACACAGCUGGAAACGCAACCAUAUCGACCAAUUGAACCGACAUCGAUUGUUGAACGCAAUGCCCGCAUUAUUAAGUGGCUAUGCACGUGCCGAAAAAUGCAAAUAACUUGAGACUGGCGCCACACACACACACACAUGCCAAAUUACAACUGAUGCAGUUUCAUUCAAUGCGCAUCCCAUUUUUCUAUGUAAUUUGCAUUUUCUCUUUUCUUUUUCGGUUACACAUAUUCGUAUACAUACACAUUUAUAUUUAUUAGCUUAGGGGAAAACUUCAAUAAUCCAAUUAUUACUCAAUGAAACAAAUAGACAGUUUUUGAAAAUGCGUGGCGAACAAUUCAAAUGGGGGUUUAUCCGUCAAGGCAUCGAUCAUUUUCUGUGAAAAAUCGUUGUUUUUUUUUUAUUCUUCAAACCAAUUUUUUUCUUUCAAAUUCCAGUGCAUUUGCAAACGAACUCAUUGAUUAUGUUAAGUUUGCCUAAGAUUAUUUUAUUAACUCGAAAUGAAGCAGGAUCCUCUCGUUUUUUACAAACAUAAGCACUCAAUUUUUUUUUAAAUUUAAUACUUUUUUACUGAAAAGAUCCAAUGUCCACUCAUGUGAUGUCCUACAUUUGAAUUGUUACCUCGAACUUUUUCAUAUAAACUGAUUAGCUUGAAUCGGAACUAAACAACAACCAAAAACAAAAAAAAAACAAAUACUUAAAAAAGUUUGAAAUUGGACUAAUUUCCGCGAAAUCUAUCCGGUAUUAAAAAAUUUUGUAUGUCGACCUAGGUCGAUGAGUUAGAUGAAUUGAUUUUUUCGAAUUAUAACAUAUUAUAUAUAUUACAUAAAUAAUUUAUUGAUAUCGUUGAACCAGAACUAAAUUUACCAGUAACUUUUAAAAACAAUAAAAACCGUGUAUGGCAGUCAAAUUGGCCAAUUUUGUUGCAAAACUACUCCAUUUUUUGAAUUAACGAAACCGUAAUUCAUUCAAUUGAUCGAAUUUAUUUGUUUUUUUUUUUAAUCCCAUUUCCAAUUUUAUUUAUCAAUUUUUAAUGCCUUUUACGAGAAAAAAAAAUAUAUUUAUUCAAAUGCAGUGCAGAAAUGAUAUUUUUUAAGUUGUUUUUUUUUUUUUUUUUCUGUUAAACUCAAUGAUGAUGAAUUUAUGUGUGAGAAAGUGAAUACGAACAGGAAUAUUCGAUAUUUCUUCCAGACUUUGCAACAUUAUUGCCAUUCAUUGACUGCUUGCUGACACAAUUAGAUUAUGAAUUUAUCCUAAAUAAACAAAAAACUUUUAAUAAAGAUAAUAAACACUUUAUUUCGAAAAUAAAACCAACCGAACAAACCAA